CCUCCAAGAAGAAGAAAAUUUUAGUGUGUACCAGGAAAACUACUUUGUAUUGGAGGCGACACAACUUUCAAACACAUUUAUUCUAAAAAAGGAAUGUAAUAUCCUGGGGAAGCAUGUUCUUAUUAGUCCGGAACUAACCUGCAGGAAACAUAAUAAGACUUUGAAUCAUUUACGCAUAUUGGUGCCAUACAUACCUUACAUGCCGUUUAUAGCGUGUAAUGUUGUAAAUCUCUCUGUAAAAUCCUGCGAGGGUUUGAUGCCGACUAUGAUGGAGGUGAUGGCUUCUCAUCUCAAUCUAUCCUUCUCUUAUAUACUAGACAACAACGAUCCAUUUAGUAUGCUGAAUGAUGGGUUUGGGGAUAUCGUGAUUUCAGGAUAUACUGUUAAAUAUAAAAGAUGGAAAACUGUCUCAUUCGGAUUUCCAUUUAUAACCAAGAUAGAUUAUAUUUACAGUGAAAAGAAAACAGCCAAGGUAUCAGAAAGUGGUCUGUACGAUGUGUUCAGUUUAAACAUAUAUCUUAUAAUCCUUCUCUCCAUAUGUCUAGUUUGUGUACUAUUUAUAGUACUCGUAUACCAAGAUGGGCAUAAGUUUGAGUACAGAUAUACAUAUGCAGUUUUAUACGUUUUAGCAGCAUUUUUUCAGGAAACCUAUCCUGAGACUAGAUUACCCCGGGGAGCAUACUUUAUCAUCCUCCAAUGGUAUUUAUACUCCAUGAUGCUUACUACAAUGUAUUCAAGUGUUCUGAUUACACAAUUGACUUACACAAAACCAGCCUACCCGGUCAACACUCUGGAGGAUGUGGUCAAUAAGGGAUUGAAGCCUUUGAUGUUCGAAGGAAGUUCUCUGAUAGAUGAUUGGCGGCAAUCCGAUAAUGAGAUAUAUCGUGUUCUUGUGAACAGCUUAGAGACAUAUACUAAUAAUACCAGGGCUAUUAAGAUGAUAAAAGAUGACUUUGCCCUUCUAGCUGAGAGCACAGUUGUUGAAUAUGAACUAAACCAGAAUACUAACUCAAACUCAAUACAUAUCUACAGAUCUGAGGAUUCCUUUACUGCAGGACAGUAUGGUUCUUGGAUUUUCGGACUUAAGAAUCCACUAGCUGAUGAUGUAUCAAGGUUCCUUCAGCGUUGUUAUGAAACAGGGAUCUAUACAAAGAUCCUAAGAGACUUUACAAAGUAUGAACUACAAGGGAAAACCUUAACACUGCCUCAGAAACUAGAUCUUGUACAUUUUAAGGUUUUGAGCUUGUUAGUAGCUUCAGGACUCACUCUCGCCUUGGCACUCUUUCUCCUAGAGAUUAUUUUUCCUCCUGGGAAACUCACAAAAAUUCAACUCUCUUUUAAAAAUAGUACUUAAGAAAGAAACCUACAAAAAGCACAAACAUUGCAAAAUUAUAAAUUUAUUCAUCGCAAUGUAAAAUCAAUUUGAUACAAAUUCUCGCAAAUAUAGUUUCCAGAACUUCUUUAACAUUUUUUUCAAUGUUCUGUCAAAUAAGAAAAUAAAACUGUAAAGGAGUUGAGUUUUCCCCACAAACUC